AUGGAAGACUCUCAAAUGGCCGAGGACAUCGCCCUCGAGACCCCGGUCGCGGAUGUCUUUAUUCCCCCGUCCAUCAACGAUAAGGCGAUUCUGUCGGGUGACUCGUACACAUACUUCUCUCUGGUUCCUUCAACACUUCUCCCGCCUUCUUCAUCACCAACUAAGACUGCCUCGGAAUCACCAGCAUCCGGGACACCGGUCUGCCUCGGCGUCGAUGAAGCCGGUCGCGGUCCCGUCCUUGGACCCAUGGUUUAUGGCGUCUUCUACCUCCCUAUUCCCCUCUCUGACCCAUUGCUCCGCGAGACCCACCACUUUGAUGACUCAAAGGUGCUUACACCAGCCGUUCGGUCUCAACUGAUGGCGGCCCUCUGCACCGCCGGCUCAGAUUUGGCCGAGUCCUGCGGUUUUGCCAUUUCGGCCCUUAGCGCCCGCGACAUCUCAUCGGGCAUGAUGCGCCCCGGCGCCAACUACAACCUCAACGCCCAGGCAAUGGACGCCACCGUCGAGCUGAUCAAGGGCGUCUUCGCCCAGGGCGUCAACAUCCAGGAGAUCUACGUCGAUACUGUUGGCCAGCCGGCCGCCUACCAGGCUAAGCUCCAGCGCUUCUUCCCCGCCACCAAGAUCACCGUUGCGAAAAAGGCAGAUAGCCUGUACCCUUGUGUGUCGGCUGCCUCUGUUUGUGCCAAGGUCACUCGCGAUGCCGCGCUAGAGGUCCUCUACAAGGCACGAGCCCCUGAGUCGGUGGUGGAGGAGGGCAUGGCUUGGGGUUCGGGGUAUCCGUCAGAUGGUAGGUGCGUGUCGUGGAUGAAGUCUAAUAUGCAUCCCGUCUUUGGAUGGGGCCCCGAGUGCCGAUUCAGUUGGGGCACGGCCAAGGACAUGCUUGAGGGCAAAGGGGGUCUCAAGGUAGACUGGCCGGUCGAGGACGACGACGAUACGGCACGGAUGACAGACUUCUUCAUUUCGGGCGAUAGGGAGCAGGAUGGCGAUGAGCUGGGAACAUGGUUCGGAAGGCCGGCUGGCCUGGAGGCGUUCUAG